CUCGUGUCAUCAUUUAUAAAACCGAUUUCAUUCAAGGCAUCUUUUGGAGCUCCCAAGCUGAAGUUAUCUUCCGUCUUCUGCCACCUUCUUUUUCGCCUUAUCUGCAAACCCUAACUUUCGCCUCAACCAUUCUUCCUUCUCCUUCUCCAGCAAUCAAUUUAUUCUUCCCCAAUUCGAGCUUUUCUUUUGUGUUUUCAUGGCGUCUGGAUCUUCCGGUCGACCUAGCUCGGGUUCCAAAGGCUUCGAUUUUGAUGAUAUACUCUGCUCUUACGAAGACUUCGCUAACCAAGAAUCCGCUAAUGGAGGUCACUCCGAUCCGUCUCUCGGAGCUAAUUCUGGCAAGGAUUUUCAGAAAAGCAGAAUCUCAAGGUCAUCAGUGUUCCCUACAACUAAUGCCUACAGUCAGCUGGAGGAACCUUUGAGUCAAGAACUGAUAUCAGCAGUUGAAAGGACCAUGAAAAAGUAUGCUGACAAUCUCAUGCGCUUCCUGGAGGGAAUUAGUUCCCGUCUGUCACAGUUGGAAUUAUAUUGCUACAACCUUGACAAGUCAAUUGGGGAAAUGCGUUCUGAUUUAGGCCGUGAUCACAGUGAAGCAGAUUCGAAGCUAAAAUUUCUAGAGAAGCAUCUUCAAGAAGUUCACAGAUCAGUCCAGAUACUUAGGGACAAGCAAGAAUUAGCCGAAACUCAAAAAGAACUUGCUAAACUUCAGCUUGCGCAGAAAGAGUCCUCGUCAGCAUCUCCAGAUGAGAGAGCUACGGUAUCUGCCUCCGAGCAAAAGAAAAAUGAUGAUGUAUCAGAUACUCCUAACACCCAAUUGGCUCUGGCCUUGCCUAGUCAAAUCACCCAACAACCUUCUCACCCUACUGUGCAGCAGCAAUCUGUUGCCCCCCCACAACCUUCAUCACAGACUCAUAGCCAGAUGCAGCCUUAUUACUUGCCUUCUAAUCAGUUACCAAACCCUCAAGUGCAAUCACAUCCUUCAUAUCUUGCAGCUGAUGGCCAGUAUCGAGUGCCACAGAUACCACAAGCCCCUCAACCAUCCCAAACUCAGGUGAAUCAGACUCCACAGACCCAACAAUUCUCUCAGUAUCAACAGUGGCCCCAACAACCUCCACAGCAACCAACAGUACAACCACCCCAGCAACAACCAAUACAACACUCCCAGCAACAACCAAUUCAACCACAGACUCAGAUCAGAGCUCCAACUCCCCAGUCAAAUAUCUAUCCUCCAUACAUGAUGACUAGUCAACCUGCCAAUUCGCCUCCAGAGACAAUACCAAGCAGCAUGUCGAUGCAGAUGCCAUUUCCAGGAAUGCCACAAUCAGGAGUGAGCCGUCCAGAAGGAAUGCCUUAUGGGUAUGGUGGGCCCAGUAGACCUGCUCAACCACAGCCUUCUCCUCCACAUAUGAAGGGUGGUUUCCCAUCUCAGCCAGGUGAUGGAUAUGCUACUGGUGGAUCCCACCCACCAGUCUCUUCUGCAGGGUCAUACAUGCUAUAUGACAAUGAAGGAGGCCGGUCUCAUCACUCUCUUCAAACUCACUACUCUCAGGGUGUCUAUCCUCCAGCUAAUCCUUCACUUCCAAACCUGCCAGCCCCAGGCAGUAGCAGUCAUAUGGUUCGUAACCCUGGCCCCCAACAAUAUGUGCGCAAUCAUCCUUACAACGAGCUCAUUGAUAAACUGGUGAGCAUGGGUUACAGGAGUGAUCAUGUUGUGAGUGUGAUUCAAAGGCUGGAGGAAAGUGGGUUAGCUGUGGAUUUCAAUGCUGUGCUUGACAGGUUGAAUGGGCACUCCUCAGGGAGUUCUCAACGAAGCUGGUAAUAAGAAUAUCAAUCUUGGUCUUGUGCAGCUGCAUCUAUUAUCAAUUGCAGUUGUAUUCUCUAUCCAUGUUUAUAAUAAAGUCUAAUAUGAUAUGCACGGUAUUUGGUUGCAUUUGGAUUUAGAAGUCCAAGAUCAUUGUAUAUUUGUGACCUAGUUCCAGACUGCUUGAAGGAUUGUGACAGUCUUACUAUUUUAUUAUGUGAGAUUGUCUUUUUAAAUUCUGCUUGUAGCUCGUUAAAUCAUCAAUUUGGAUUUUCUCCUUUGUGUUGCUUGAUUUCUAUGAAUAUGUAUCAACCUGCCAUCUUAUCUGUUUGAUUAAUGAUUCAAGGGCUCUCCUUUGUGCUGA